AUGAUUCGCUGGAAAUUGACAAGUGUUGCCAAGCAACACGUUCGCUGCUUGCAUUAUAUACAGGGUCAAGAACCUUCUCCAACAAUUCGAGAAUAUUUCUACUAUAUCGACCAUCAAGGACAGCUUUUUUUAGAUGACACUAAAGUGAAGAAUUUCAUCACUUGUUUUAAAGAAAAGAAGUUUUUGGUUUUCUUCUUCAGACAGUUGAAAAAGAACAACACAACACGUUACGUUGAACACUUUCCCUAUAUCUCACUUUGUGGUGUUGAACGUAACUUUAUUCGGUGCGAUGAUCGUCCAAUUGUUUACUCUCACAUUGUUGAGAAACCAUCACCUGAUAAUCCAGAAGAAACACAUGAUGUAUUAUCAUAUGAAGGAACUGCAGAAGCACUGACAGUCAAGUUUGAACCUGAGAAAUUGUGCAUGUUACCUCAAAGUGGGCGUGUCUAUCAUCCAGCAAAACUAAAAGUAGGUGGAGUUGGAUUGAUCAAGUCUAGCUUAGCCAUUGAAAUCAGCAAGCAUUUUGAAUUUGGAUUGGCAGGGGAGUAUGCUCCACCAACUCAUUUUCACUGGAAAGGGAAGCGCUACACUCUGUCGAAUGAACUCUGGAAGCUGAUGACAGAUGAGGAACGUAAGGAGUUGGCGAAUGUGUAA